AGGCGCUGCUCGCAGUCAAAUGAGUAAUAAGGUUUCGCACGGAAAGAAAAAUGGUCAAAAUGAAUUUCAAAACGUCAAAUCUGAUAAUGUCUAUUGAUUCGUUGGGUUUCAACGCCAUAUCAGAUUUGUUACAUUUUUCCUUACGCAGACUUUCUCCUGUAUCUCCACGAGGGACUUUUCUCUGAUCUCAGGUACAAUAAAGUUCAAAAAUGGUAUACCUAUGUAACAAACCAUAGCGAAGCAAGCUAAACUUGUAGAAAUUCCUGAUAUACCUUGAAAACCAGAAAACUAAAAAUUGAGGCAAUAAUAUUAGCCAUGGAAAAUAGCGAUUCCUUCUACAUUUAUAAGGAAGACUUAACCCAGCAUCAUAUAAGACACAGGACUCAAUCCAAGAGCAAUGAUCAUCUGUACAACAUAAUGGAGGAGUUAAGAAUCCAUCCGUAGUCAUUUAUAUUAACAUUGUAACGAAACUUGAUCUGUCAAAGAAAGUAAUGGCAGCGACAUCAGCUACAAGCUGAAGAAUGCUCAGAAUUAUGACAACAAGUCCCGACGAUAAACCAGAGUCAUUUUGAAGAUCUCUUGCGUUUAUGCUUGAAAGGUACCUAAUUCAUUAAGUCGAAGUACUGCCUGAAGUCCAGUGCUAAUAAACAGCUUUUCUAACACCAGGUCCAGCUGUUCUCUGGACGUUCGUAUUCAUUGGAGAGGAAAUAACAAACUAUAAGCCAGCGGAAGCAUUGUAUCGACGGAUAGAAAUAACUUUGGCGAAGAUGUGCGGUGGAUUUACGUGUUCGAAGAACGCGUUAACUGCACUGAAUAUUUUGUAUAUUGUCGUUGCCUUCAUCUUGAUUGGGGUUGCUGUCUAUGGAAGGGCUUCUGCUUUAGUCACAAAUCUUCCAAUUAUUGGAGGAAUUUUAGCAUGUGGAGUUAUUCUUAUACUGAUUUCGAUUGUAGGACUUAUCGGAGCAGUUAAACAUCAUCAAGUACUACUGUUCUUUUACAUGCUAAUUUUAUUCCUGCUGUUCCUGAUCCAAUUCAGUAUUGCCUGUGCUUGUCUCGCUGUUAAUGCCAAGCAGCAAGAGCAGCUUGCCGAACAGGGAUGGAGACGCGUGGGGGACCCCUUGAAAUUACAAGUACAGACAAGAUUUACUUGCUGCGGAUUUAAUGACACCAGUACUGUAGAACCUGGAAUGGGACACCCAUCUUGCGACAAUGUUAAUGAACUCUGUUGUCCACCAGGAGUUUCAACAGACCAAGAAUGCAGCUGUCCGACAUGUAUGAGAAAACUACAGUCUACCAUCGAUUACGCAUUUAAACUCUGCGGUGGGAUAGGAUUAUUCUUCAGUUUUACAGAGGUGAUUGCAGCUUUCUUGGCGCGGCGUUACAGGAAUCAAUUAGAUCCACAAGAAAAAGCUGCAAGAGCCGUAUUCCCUCGACAAAAUUACCUUUACUGACGUGGCGACAAUGCUAAAUGAAUAUUACUUUUGGCGACCAAGCUGAAUCCAUCGUAUCGAGAAUACUCUUUAAAUGAUUCUGAAUAACAAAAACAUGAAAUGGGUUAUUUAAGUUGCUUCUGACUGUCUCGAUUAAGAAUGACAUGCAAAGAGCCAAGGAGCAUAUUUUCGUCUACGUACUCGACAUCUUAACGGAAAGAGCAAAUAUUAGAAUUAGAAGUAGGCGCUUACACUGCACAGAAUAUCAUUUAUUUUCAGCGUUGACCGACAUUCUCGCGUCGGUCACCAGAAACAUAUAUACAAUAUCUCGAAUUCAGUGCUCCUUUCGCAUACCAAAAACACACUCAAUCGUAGGACUUUAUUUUUUCUUUUUUUCUUUUUUGUUUAAAUUGACGAUCAUAAGACUCUACGACUGUUAGGAGAUGGAAAGGGGUCGGGUCAUGCAAUAGUUGAAAUGUGUGCCCUAGUCAGCCACUAAGAACACUAUCAUACCAAGCCUCAAUGCGCCUUUGUAGACUAGCGUUUAAAAUGGACCUUCUUAUAGAUAGAUUUUAACCAGUACUUUUAUUGCUACGUCAUAUUUCUCUCAUUAUUCUCAACGCAAAGGCAAACGUCGCUGUUUGCCUAAACUUCAGGCAUAUAAUAUAUUACGAAGCAAAACAUUCCAAGAUUCGCUAUUACCACGAUAACAAAGCUCACUUUAUACGAGACUGGUUAAAUUUAUAACCUUAACUACGUUUAGAGUACGAGAUCCCGCACGUGUCUUUCGAUCUUUACGUAAUAUGAACAUUGAUUAGCAAUUUCGAACGCUUGUUAACCAUCUUUAUCAUUGCUUUUAUCCUGCUAGCAGUUAUUUUGCUACCACAGGAACGUCAUUCAUAAACAAUGACUAUCAAUUUAUCACUCUCGAGGUACACUCAUUUUACUUCACGAAAAUUUUUGCGUAUUCGUUAAUUCACGGUAUCCACUAUGUUCAUUGAAUAUAAUUUAUAAUCGAACAAUAUUGGCUGUGUAAUAAAAAUGAGCAAAGGUCAUGCGAGAUGUUAGAAAUGAAAGAAAAAAAGUAAGCUGUUAAAUCAAUGUGGACUAAUUGAGUCACAACGAAAUUAUUAAUUACUGAUUACCUUGUUCUUUGGUUUAUUACCCUAAUUUGCUUUUUUAAUUCGCCAUUCCUGAUCAUGCCUUCCGCCUUGUGAAAUUUAUUCUCGACUUUUCUGCGUACUAAUUUAUUGUGUCGAAUGCCUAGAUUCUUGCUAAUUAAUUCGCUAUACUUUAUGCGUGAGACAAAAAUUCUGAAAUCCAAGACUUGCUUCCUCUGAUUUCAUGUUCUACUUAAUCUACCGCUCGAUCGAUCUAUCGUGAACAAAUUUGUACAUUAUUGCUCUAACUCUUAGGAUGUGAAAUUAUUUAUAAUAUUCGAUAAUGCCUAAUAUCGAGGGUUGUAUACGAGAAUAUCUCGUGUUCUGGUUCUCCGUCAUGGAAAUUAUUUCGAACCAGUUAUUCGAGUAAUCAUGCAAGAACUUUGAUUUCUCACUGUGAGUCAGCUUACAGUAUACCUUAGUAGUUUAUUAAUUUUAUCUUGUUAACCAAUUUUACAUUUUACUUUAUCUACGUAAAAUUAUAGAGUAUCCCGCGAGCGCUUCGCAUCAAAUCAAAUUCUAUACGCUAAUUAGAGAUAAACUUUAGAAUGUAUACAUGAACUAUAUACUAUAUAUGCUAAGUAAAAUAAUAUCAAGAUUGCAAUUAUUCAUAACGUACACAUGUAUUUCAUCCAAAUAUACAUAUGCUAUUACGUAUUGACAUACAUAAAUCCAUCAGGGCCUCGUGUACGUGUAUAAAAAAAAUUGUACUUUUAUUCAUUCUGUUUUAUCUGAGGUAUAUUUACUUUCUACUAUGAAUUAUUGUUAUUCAAAAACUUGUACCCGUACAGUUGUUACCAAUGCGUAUCAUCAUAGAAUCCUAUAUAUCGACUAAUACACACACUAGUAAUCGUGUGUUCAUUUAGGCUAUAUUGUAAUAUCUCUGUUCGAAUACUUGUCACAAAAUACAUCUAUAGGACAUCCAUCGGAUAUGCUAUUGAAUACAGAUGUCGAAGAGUCAAUAAACCAGUCUUCGAUGAUAAAA